GCCGGACAGAAAUGCAGAGAUUCUAUGUUUAACCCUUUCAAAACUUAGUCCUACUUCUUUUAUUAUUUUCCAAUCCAUGAGAAGAUACAAGCAAAUGAUAGUAAGGAAUAUUCACAGACUUUAAUCCAUUUUUCAGAUUGAUAAAAAAAAGGGCAACCAAAGGUCUUAUCUUAGAUACUCCUUGCAUUAUAAAACUGCAGUAGAAUAUUUGUUGUGGUCAACCACCAUGUAGUCAAACGAGCCAGGGAACACAAAAAAUCUGGGUAACUCAUCACCAGUCACCCAUUUCCGAUGUUACCAUUAAAUAGACGGUAGUUGAUGGAGAGAAUCCAAGGCCCUGUCGAGCAUCAUACGCUUUCCGAUACCUUUCCGCUAGGGCAUCAAAUUCUUAAUUUUACCUUCGAAAAGUAAAAGCUCCCCAAUUCCGCGAGAGGUGGAAGGGGCGAUCAUGUCCGAAUCCGGAGGCCUGUGCCGGUUGUGCGUGGGGUGCCAGCUCACUAUGGGCUUCAUCGCCCUCUUCCUCUGGCUCUCCUACCGCCCCAUCAAACCCCGCUUCUACGUCACCUCCUUCUCCCUCGCCGCCGCCCCCAACUCCACCGCCUCGAACCCACCCCUCAGUGACCCCAUCGCCUCCUUCGUCCUCGAGAUCGAGAACAAAAACAAGGAGAUGGGCAUCUAUCACGACGACCUCAACGUCUCCCUCUCCUUCUUCCCCAACUCCUCCUCCUCCGCCGCCGCCGCCGCCGCCCUCAUCCCGGCCUUCUACCAGGGCCACCAGAAGACCGCCGACAAGCCCGGCAACUUCUCCGGCCCUGGUCUCCGGAAGGAGAGGGCCCCCUGGGCAGCGGCAGUCACAAACGGGACUGCCGUCUUCCGGGUCGGGGUGGAGUCGGCUUUCCGGUACAAGGUGUUCGGAAGGAAGACCCGGCACCACCCGGUGCGCCUGGCAGGGGAUGUGCCGGUCGAUGCCGAGGGUAAGAAGACCGGGAAGAAGGGGAUCCGCCUCCGUUCCGCUGCUCCCCUGGUCCUCGCUUCUCGCCCUAUCAUGCUCCUCGUCUGCACGGCUGUAUAUAUUUUACUCACAUACUGCUAUUGAUAUUGAUUGAUGAAAGAGCGGACGGCCGAGAUUUGAUCACUGUGUGAUGAGGAUAUUGUGGACUAGAGUUUCUGAUCUGGUAUAUAAUACCAGCAGUUGAAGACAAACCCUUGGCUGUCUGAGCACUACAUAAUUCCCCUUAAUCUUUUUAUUUAUUUUCUUUACUUCGUGUUUUAUAUGUUUAUAUAGUUUUCUUUUAUGUGGUAAAUGAAUGUUUUUCUAUUGAAAUUUCUGCAUAUCUUUGUGGUAAAUAGCCUCGUUGUGCAAGUAUAUUUAUGGACAUUCGCAGGAAGAUUUGUGGAUGCGUCCAUUACCAAUUCUAGUGGAUUUCAAUGGGUUCCUCUAGGCAUAAUGGCUCGGGCGCUACAUUAAAUUUAUGUGGCUAUCCUGGUCUUUGGCUUGAUUUAUGGGUGCCAUUUGAUCCUGGAAACACCACAUAUAUUCCUUCAUUCCUUUUUGCCUUUUUGCCCUUAAACUAAUUCAGAGUUGCAUCAAAGUUAAAUUUAUCACAAUGUUCGAAUUCGAUUUUUAUUAUCAUGUAAAGUGAAUUUCCAUUAGGAUGUCUAUUGAUUGGAGAACCGGCUAAACUGGAGAUGAUCCGAGCUCUUAUGCAUGAUUUCCAUUUUGUGUGUUGAUUUUUUUUUUUUAAUUCCCCCAAUUCCACUUUAUCCCGUGUGCCGGGUUAUAACGCUUCAUUGUCUAUAUGUCGUCUUGAUUCGGGUACUUGGAUCAAGGAGCCAGAUUUAUCUAGACAUGUAUUAGAUGGAUGAUCAACUAACGGGAUGAAGGAAAUUUGCCGAUUUGUGUUUUUGUUGUACGGCUAUUUUUCUCUCUUUUUUUAAAAUUAAAUGGGAAGGGUUUUUACUGAAA